AUGUCCACCACGAUAACCUCCUUGCUUAACUCGCUACACACACAUCUGCAGUCACAGACACAACUGCUACCGACUCUACAUGCUCAGCUCGGCUUACCUCCCACCGCGCUGCACGACGAACUCUCGACGCUGCAACAACAACUUACCCAAUGCAUCGAGAGCCAGAUUGAUCUUCGGCGGAAACAAGUCGACCAAUGGAUGGAGAAGUGCUCGAUUAUAGAAGACGAGUGCUUGAGAUAUGGCAGGGCUCUCGGAGCGCACCUCAAGUCGUCUGGACCGAGUGUCGGGGAGAUCAGGAAGGAGCAGGUCUUGCCACGCCGCUUUGAAAUGAUUUCAGAGUUCCAGGAGAAACUACGCCAGCAAUAUCAUACGAAACUGGAGCAGUUAUCAAACUUGACCAGCCGAAUUUCAGCACUCUCAAAUACGCUGGGUCCCGACUUCUUCCCAGCAGAUAUCUUGGAUAGCACGCCCGCAGCCGGCGAAGAUGAGUACGACUCGGGCGCCCGUCGAGAUGUUACCCCCGAGCGUUUUUCCCGGUUGGAGAAGGAACUUGUAAGAGGGAAGGGCGAAGUAGCAAAGCGACUUCAACAACUCUCCUCUAACUUCGUACAAAUUGACUGGUUGCAUACCGAACUCGGUAUAACACCACCUUCACUCGAGGACCUCCCGUCCGCUUCAACUUCCACCCUGGGACUUCCCUCUUUGCCUCGCUCAAGCUCGUCUUGUAGUAAUAGAAUGACCAACUCCGACCCCUUCCUAUCCACCUCCAUGUCUAUCCCUAUGUCCACGCCAACUCCCGCCCACCGACAGAAACCUAUCACUCCCCUUCUGUUCUUCACCGAGGAACCACAGCAACCUCGAGCGACCGAAGCAGACCACCAACGCGUCUUCGCGAAAUUCGUUGCGCGUAUGGAAGAGUUAUCGGACGAGGAUCUCCCAGACUCGAACGUCACGGUCGGUCUGGAGGGCGUUGAGCCCACCCCCGCGCUGAUGGCUUGGGCCGAAGCGACUCGCGCGGACCUGGAGGACAUCAAGAGGCGGCGCGAAGCCCAUAUCCAGGCCAUGUACGACCAGCUUGAAGCGCUGUGGCGCCGACUGGGCGUCGCAGAUGCUGACAUGGACGCGUUCGUGGAAGCCCAACGCGGGACGACGGACGAGACUAUCAAGUCGUACGAGGAGGAAUUGGAGCGUAUGCUCGAACUCAAGCGCGAACGCAUGGGCACCUUCAUCGAGAACGCCCGCGCGGAGAUCAUCAAGCUCUGGGAUGAACUCAUGGUUGGAGAUGAAGAGCGAGCUGACUUCGCGCCCUUCGCAGACGACGAACAUACGGAGGAGUUGCUGAUCAUUCACGAGGAGGAGAUCAGGCGGCUCAAGGAAGACCGCCGGAUGAAGGGACCACUUCUACACAGCAUCAGAAAGUACUUCGACAUCCUUGAGGAUGAGAAAGAGCUUGCGGCUGCCGCGGGCGACCAGAGUCGGCUGCUCGGGAGAGGUCCGCGAGAUCCUGGGAGACUCCUCCGCGAAGAGAAGAUGCGCAAACGCGUCACGAAGGAGAAACCUCGCUUGGAACAAGACUUGCUUGUGUCGAUUCCGUCCUGGGAAGCCGAAGCGGGUCGCGCAUUCCUGGUGCACGGCGUGAGCAUGCUCCAGCUGCUCAUGGAGACUAUGCCCGCUAUGGACAAGGAGAACGGGGUCAAGCGCGUCACGAAGGGACGCGCCGGCUCCGUCCCAGCGCGCGCAACGACUCCCGCCAACGGACACUAUCUCACAGCCCCAGCAUCUGGACAUGGCGGGCCUGUCAAGACAGGUGUUGUUACUCCGGCGGUGCGCCCAUCAUCAAGCCUUUCGAACUCGCAAUCCGUCCCGAACAAACGUCCGCGUCUUGGAGAGGCGACAGCGACCCACAACAACGCGCCUCCUGCGCGCGGACCUCUAAGCAGCAGUAGAGGCGCGCACAAUAGGGCCGUUUCCCCCACCAAGAUCCCUCUGCCCGGCAAGACACCUGUCGGCGCGUCCUCACUUCCCCGUCCCGUUCCCAUCGCUAUGCCCGUACCCAAGGUCGGCACACAACACCAUGCUCUCGGUCACGGACGAGUGCCAUCGGCGCAACAACUAUCAUCAACCCACGCCUUCCCCUCACAUCAACCCGGGGCCCGCGCUGCGUCGUCGUAUAUGUCUUCCACCUCGUCGAUGUCAUCGUCAUACGGGCGGGGCUAUGGGAGCGGGUCGAGCGCGGCGGUCGCUGCUGCCGCAGUGGCGAAGAAGGCUUCCCGCGCAAGGCGAGAGAGCUUCAAGCCGAGAGCGAGUGUCGAUGAGGACUGGGCGGCUGGUAUAGGUCUUGGAGACGGUGGGCGUCGGUGGGCUGGUCUCGCCGACGGCGCGGUGAAGGAGGAAGACGAGUAUUGA